UUGAAAAUCUUACUGAAGAUGUUGCAUGGGUGUCACAUGGUUUAAGGUUAUCCACGUUACUAGUGGGCGUCAAAGGAAUGAAUCUACUGUUAUAAUGUCUUCUCCGUCAUUUCGAAAGUAACAGCGCUAAAGUAAAGGAACAAAAUGUAUGCACAAUAUUUUCUUGGGGCACUGAUAGGCUUAUGCUUUGUCAAUGGAGUGACGGCAGCUAUAGUACCGGGCCUGGAUGCUGCACGUAUAAAUGCUUUGAUGAGUCCACCUGGCCAUGGUACCCCUUUAUCAGCAAAAGAUGCCAUGGGUCAUUUCCCAGGACUAAGUAAUACCGUCUAUUCCAGUUCAAGCUUUCCAGGCCAAAUGCCCCCAGAUAACAGUGUCUUCCCCAACUUCAACUUUCAAGGCCAACUUCCCCCAGGAUCUGUAUAUACAAGGAGAGUCAGAACAAGCAUGCCAAACAUCGCCUACCCAACAUACCCUUCAUAUCCAACUGGAAGUUAUUACAGAAGAAGAACGAUUAAUAACAACCAAGGCGGUGGGUUCCCGUGGAUGUGGUAUGCAAUGUCAGAGAUGUAAACCAAACAUGCUACAAAACGAUAACAAAUUUUCCUCUAUUUUAAAAAACUCAACAAUCAUUCCUUUCUUUUCUUUUUAUAAAUUUCUCUAGUAUGUAUAUGUACCAAGAACUGAACUAACAUGCUCUUUGUAAUAAUAUAGUAUUGUUAGUAUGAAAUUUUUUAUAUUAAAAUUAGUUUGUUUUUA